UCCAAUAUUUUUGAUUAUUUAAUUUUAUGGAAAAUUGUUGGUCACUGAUUAUUUCAAUUUUAAUUUUGAGCUGACGCCAUCAGCCUCACGCAUUUAAAAAAAAAUCAUCUUAUGAAUUUGUGAAUAUCAAUAUUUACGUAGUUUUUGGCAAUAGCAAGUUUUUGUGAAGAAGCACUUAAAAAUGCCUAUUAAUCAACGCGAACUUUUACAAGCUGUUUCUCAAAUUAGCGAAUUGCAAAGCAUGCGAGUCACUAUUAGACAAUCCGGAAAAUGGGGCUUAAUCACAGGAGCCGCUGUUUUUGGUGGAGGAUUAUUGUUGGGUCCAACUGGUUUAGCUUUGGGAGGUAUAAUUGGUGGCUGUGCUGGAGCUCUUAAAUCAAGAGGUCAGUUUAAAUCAGUGGCUGAGGUUCUUAUGAAUGAUUUAACAACACAGCAGCAAGAAUUGUUAAUAACACGUCUUCGAAGAGCUGUCCAAGAUGUGGACAUCCAAGACGCUGCUGUCCUUUUACCUUUCAUUAUGAACAAUGAUGUUGUUAAACAGCAGUUAUUAAGGGUUGUUACUAAUUUUAUUACUACAGAAAUGCGUAUGAUGUUAACAUGAAAUAUUUCAUAUGGAAGAAUUGACUGAAUAUUAUUAAUAAUUUUAUGAUAUUAUAAAUAGUUGUUAAAUAUAUAUUUUAAUUAGAAUUAUUCAUUUUUAU